GGGCGCCAUUACGGUGCGAUCAGCUGCGAGGGCUGCAAGGGCUUUUUCAAGCGCUCGAUCCGGAAACAGCUCGGCUAUCAGUGCCGGGGGUCGAUGAACUGCGAGGUGACGAAGCACCACCGGAACCGCUGCCAGUACUGCCGGCUGCAGAAGUGCCUGGCGUGCGGUAUGCGCAGUGACUCCGUCCAGCAUGAGCGCAAACCGAUCGUCGACAAGAAGGAUGGCCAGUCGGGCCCGAACCCGAACAGCAAGUAUAACCCGCACCGGAACAAAGAGUAUCACCACCACCAGCAUCACGGCGAACAGAAAGCAUCAUCGGCAACGGCGGCUGGUUCCGUGUCGAUGGCAGCGGCAGCGGCGGCCGCAGCGGCCGCACCUUCCUUCCUCUCCUAUCUGCCCGGGUUCAGUUUGGCCGACUUUACGGCCAGCCUGAGCAAACAGGCCGGUGGUAACAACAAAUCACCCUCGUUGGGGCGUGAACCACAGCCACCGUCGCAGCAGCACGGUACGCAACAGCAGCAACAAGGCGGCCAAUUCGGUGCCGGCCAUCAGCUGUCCGCGCUUGGUUCAGCAGUCGGCACCGGACUGAGCAAUCCGUUCGGCAGUUUGCAAUCACUCAAGACGGAAGUUGGCGCAGAACGGCAGCAGCAGCAGCAGCAGCAACAGCAGGAUCUUUCAACGAGUGCGGCCGAUUCGAUUGCGGCCCUUAUCGGACUGAACACGUCGGCGGCGGCGGCUGCUGCUGCAGCGGCCGCCAUCUCCGGCCAUGUCGGGACGAUGUCUGGGGCGGGUUCCGGCCCGUCUGCGCUUCUCGAUUCCGUCCACGCGGCGGAUGGUUGUGGUGCUGGUGGUGGUGGUGGUGGUGGGCUUGCGAUGCGCAAUCUUUCCGCCAGUACCACCACCUCCUCCGGUGUAUCAUCGGGUGGUGGUGGUGGUGGCGGCGGUGUGUCUGCCGGUCCCUUCUCAGCACACGCCAUGGAUACCAGUGACGCAAGUUCCGUCGACAAAACGCUUAUCUGCAGCUCCCUCGAGUUCAUCCAGAGCCUGGAGCAGGAACUGAACAGCAACCUCAACAACAACUACGGCAUCAAAUCGGAACUCAGUAAUGGACGCGGUGACGACGAUGACUGCCACGGCGGUGGUUUUGACUUUGGUGAUGGUGGCCUCGGCGGCGGCCUAGUGCUGACCGAAAACUGUGUCCCUUUCGACAUCCAGGUCCCGAACGUGCUGCCCAACUAUCUGGGGGUGCACUACGUGUGCGAAACGGGUUCGCGGGUGCUUUUCGCGACCGUACAUUGGAUGAAGAAGAACCAUCUGUUCCAGUUGCUCAGUGAAAGCUUCCAGGGAGAGCUGGUUCGUCAGGUGUGGCCAGAGCUGUUUAUGAUCGGGCUAGCGCAGAGCAGUGGUCAGCUGUCGUUCAACACGAUCAUGCUGGCGCUCAUCCAGUACAUGAAAACCGUUAUCCUGAACAAAAAGUACACCGGUGAAGUGGUCAGCUACCUGAUGAAGUACAUCCUGCUGGUGCAGGAGUUUGUGAACGAUCUGCAGAAGCUCAACCUUACCGAUCAGGAGUACGCCUAUCUUCGGUUGUUGUCCAUUUUCAACCCCGAUAACAUCCUGCAGGAUAAUGGGAAGAAUCAGCAUCUGCUAAAAAUCCAGGAAAUGAUACUGGGAUCGUUCCGCGAGUACUACCGUGGCAAACACUCGCGGCUUGUGAGUAGCGAAAGUGAGGAAAAUCUGCGAGCCACGGCCAGCGGUGCAGACGACGAGGACGACGACGACGAGUACUACAGCGAGCGCAGCCAACAGCGGCAGCAGCAGCGUAACCUGCGCCAAGCCCAGCACGAGCAGCGACUGAUGAAGCUCUUGCUCAAGCUUCCCACACUUCGGGCACUCAACUCGAAGCGCGACCUGGAGGAUCUGUUUUUCAGUAAUCUGAUCGGUCAAGUCCAGAUCGACAGCGUCCUGACGUAUGUGCUGCAGACCAAUGAUGGUGCGGUAUCGUUUGCUCAUUUGGUCCAGAAACAGUUGCACAAUCCCUCCAACAACAACAACAACGGUUCCAUUCCAUCGGCAAUGGACAGUGACGAGUGAAAACCAGUGAUGAAUGAGGGGAACAGAUAGUAGAUGUCACUGUCGUUCCAUAAUCCGUCCGUUUCGAGCAGCGUGAGAACGAUUUCUAGGAAAAUGAUGAACAGGUUUAAGCAAGAAACUUUAAAAAUAACCACCGACAGUGCAUUACCAUAGGCCCAUUCGAUGGGCCUAUUGGUCAAACAAACCUUAAUGAGCUUGAAGAUAAAACAGUACCAAUAGUGGCUCUCGGUAAGAGAUGGCCGUUUCUUGUUGAUUUCGGCUUCGGUUUGUAAGGUUUUGCAAACGCACAAAGUAUGUUGGAACAGUGCAAUCCCUGAAAAUUUUCGAAAAUUUUAUUUUUUACGUUUAAGACCACUUUAUCCAGGCCCGCAUUACAAAGACUUCAUUCAGAGAUCAGUACCUUUUUACGUCAUGGGACACCACAAUACAACGACUAGUGCGAGUGAGUGAAGAGCGCUUUUGCGGUAAGGUUCCGCAUUGAGAAGUUUCGAAAUCGCGUCACGGUCGCAGUUCUCCAACCCAGUGCGGCGAUAGAUGAGUAGAUGGUUAGUAUUUAGCUGGUUGAAGAACCUACAAGGUAGAGCUUUUGUACUUGAACAAGAAAAGGGAAAAAGAAUUAGUGGAGAAAAGUAACACAAAUGAACCACCUAUUAAUACUAUCGAAUAAGCAAAAUGAGGAAGCCUUUGGAAACAAGAGAAAAAUCGUACCUGACGAAGGUAUUAGUUGUUUAGAAAACGACUUAUUUCUUAGUGUAUAACGAAUGCGGCGCAGCAGAUUUUGUACAUUUUAAGGGCUCCCAAACCCACUCCGACUGAGAGGGCGUAGAGCGAAAGUGAACCAAACGGGCGUGCGUUGCUGAAGGAGAAUCGGACGCAAAACUGGGCAAUAUUUAGACGUUAAGUGAAGCAUUAUUUGAGUUUAUCCGUCCCACGAGAUUACCACAAUACACAACACGGUACACAAGCCACCGGUGGCCAAUCGGGCCUUAGGAAAAGACAGAUAAACUAAGCGUUUAUUACACCUCCUCCCGAGACAGCAAAUAAACAAGUAUUUCAAUUGUAUUUCACACACACGCUAGGGGCCUGUUGGCGUGUCUAAUAAUGGCGCAAUCGAUGCAGUAAAUUGGUAGCAUAAAUUAGUAUACAAACAAAAAGCGAGUAUGUGUGUGUGUGUAACCAAACAACAGGGACCUUAGGCUAGAACUUCUUACACGACUUGCAGGGCUUCCGGUGGAAAACGAACCAAGUGGCAAAUAAAUUUCAUCAUACUCAGAUUUCAUACAGUACCUAU